CCUCCCUCUAAUCUGCCGCCGUUUCCGGUCUGACCUGGUGUCGCGCGAUGAGCCGGAGAGACCGGCACCGGGACUCGAUCCGGAUCCCGAAGCGGGACUCGAUCCGGAUCCUCCUGGUUUUCCUCCUGUUUCCAGGCUCUGAUGCUCUCGAAAUUUCCAUGGCUCCAAAGGUGAGAGGUUUUAUCAGCGAGGAUGUGGAGUUGAGCUGUAAGUUCAGGUCGUCUGUCCCGAUCACCGAACGUCUGACAGUGGACUGGUCUUACCGAGCAUCAAAAGGAGGGUCAAAGCAUGCUGUGCUUCACUAUCAGUCCAUGGUAUUUCUGGCCCUCCAUGGCCCCUUUAAGGAUCGAGUCCUGUGGAACGGAGAGAUUGGAAAAGGCAACGCCUCCAUAAUUCUGAAGAAUUUGACGCAGAGUGACAACGGGUCAUUUAGUUGCGUGGUGCAGAACCCGCCAGAUGUAACCAGUGAAAUUCUGAGCACUGCCCUCACUGUGACUAAGAGAGAGCUCCCAUUUCGCCUCAGUGUGGUUGUCAUGUUGGUGCUUCUGGUCGUUGUUCCAUCUCUGCUGGUGGUCACAUUACUCCUGCUGUGGAUGGGCAAGACUUUUGGUUUCUUCAGAUCCAGCUCUAAAAAAACAUUGACAGAGGUGGUGAUGGGGGUUGAUGAGGAUGAGAAUGAGGAUGGCCUGGGGAACAGAAUUUGCCUGCGACGUGCUGCAUGUUUCCAGGAUUCCGAUGAGGAAGAUGAAGAUUUCCAUCGGUUUUACCCUGCAUCUGAAUCGAUUUCAUAGUCUGAAUUCUUUGUUGUUCCCUGUAGUUUUGAGCAGUGUGCUGCUAGUGAGGUGAAUCCCUGGUCUGAUCACUGUCCUGUUUAAGUGCUUGAAGCUGUUUAAUUGGUGGAGGGAAUAGUUCCAUAGUCACUGCUCCUGCUGAUGCACGGUCUGGGGGCGUGCAGGUAGUGGUGUGGGG